CCACACACUCGCGAGAUUGCGCGAGGAUGGCACAAGUUGGAGGAAACAUGGCGACGUCGAAUUUGUUAAAGAAUAAAGGCUCCUUGCAGUUUGAGGACAAGUGGGACCUGAUGAGGCCCAUCGUUCUCAAGCUACUGAGACAGGAGGCUGUCACCAAGCAGCAGUGGUUUGACCUCUUCUCAGACGUCCAUGCUGUGUGUCUGUGGGAUGAUAAGGGCCCAGCUAAGAUCCACCAGGCGCUCAAAGAAGACAUCCUAGACUUCAUCAAACAAGCUCAGAAUCGUGUGUUGAGUCAUCAGGAUGACACAGCGUUACUGAAGGCCUACAUUGUGGAGUGGCGAAAGUUCUUCACACAGUGUGACAUCCUGCCCAAACCGUUCUGUCAGCUGGAGAUCACACUGAUGGGGAAGCAGGGCAGCAACAAGAAGUCUAACGUUGAGGACAGCAUCGUACGCAAGUUGAUGUUGGACACAUGGAACGAGUCGAUCUUCUCCAACAUAAAAAGCCGUCUUCAGGACAGUGCUAUGAAGCUGGUUCACGCUGAGAGGCUGGGAGAGGCUUUUGACUCCCAGCUGGUUAUAGGAGUACGAGAAUCUUACGUCAACCUGUGCUCUAACCCUGAAGACAAGCUCCAGAUCUACAGAGAUAACUUUGAGAAGGCCUACCUGGACUCAACUGAGAGGUUUUAUAGAACACAGGCCCCAUCAUACCUACAGCAGAAUGGAGUCCAGAACUACAUGAAAUAUGCAGACACAAAGCUAAGGGAAGAGGAGAAGAGGGCAGUUCGAUACCUCGAGACUCGUCGUGAAUGUAACUCUGUCCAAGCACUGAUGGAAUGUUGUGUGAACGCUCUGGUGACGUCGUUUAAAGAAACCAUCCUGGCCGAAUGUCCCGGCAUGAUCAAACGCAACGAGACAGACAAGCUCCACCUGAUGUUUUCCCUGAUGGAUAAGGUUCCUAGUGGGAUAGAGCCCAUGCUGAAAGAUCUGGAGGAUCACAUCAUGAACGCUGGGCUGGCUGAUAUGGUGGCUGCUGCAGAGACUAUCACUUCUGACUCUGAGAAGUACGUGGAGCAGCUGCUGAUGUUGUUUAACCGUUUCAGUAAACUGGUGAAGGAGGCUUUUCAGGACGACCCUCGAUUCCUCACUGCCAGAGACAAGGCCUACAAAGCUGUAGUGAACGAUGCCACCAUCUUUAAACUGGAGCUGCCCCUCAAACAGAAAGGGGUAGGUCUGAAAACCCAGCCAGAGUCGAAGUGUCCAGAGCUGCUAGCUAACUACUGUGACAUGCUGCUGAGGAAAACCACCCUGAGCAAGAAACUCACCUCAGAGGAGAUAGAACUCAAACUCAAAGAAGUGUUGCUGGUGUUGAAGUAUGUUCAGAAUAAGGAUGUGUUUAUGAGGUACCAUAAAGCCCACCUGACCAGAAGACUGAUCCUGGACAUCUCAGCUGACAGCGAGAUAGAAGAGAACAUGGUGGAGUGGCUCAGGGAGGUGGGGAUGCCUGCAGACUAUGUGAAUAAGCUGGCCAGGAUGUUCCAGGACAUUAAAGUAUCGGAUGAUCUCAACCAGGUCUUCAAGGAGAUGCACAAACACAACAAGCUGGCUCUACCAGCUGACAGUGUGAAUAUAAAGAUCCUGAAUGCGGGGGCGUGGUCGAGGAGCAGUGAGAAGGUGUUUGUAUCUCUGCCUACUGAGCUGGAGGAUCUGAUCCCAGAGGUAGAAGACUUCUACAAGAGGAACCACAGCGGGAGGAAACUACACUGGCACCACCUCAUGUCCAAUGGCAUUAUCACCUUCAAGAAUGAAAUGGGUCAUUAUGACCUUGAGGUCACGACCUUUCAGCUGGCUGUCCUAUUCGCCUGGAACCAGCGGCCGCGGGAGCGAAUCAGCUUUGAGAACCUUAAAUUGGCUACCGAGCUGCCUGAUGCUGAGCUACGACGCACACUCUGGUCUCUGGUAGCAUUCCCUAAGCUGAAGAGACAGGUUUUGUCCUAUGAGCCUUCAGUCUCCUCCCCUAAAGACUUCACUGACAGCACCCUGUUCUUCAUCAACCAGGACUUUUCUCUCAUUAAAAACUCCAAGGUCCAGAAAAGAGGCAAGAUUAAUCUGAUUGGUCGAUUGCAGCUGACCACGGAGCGAAUGAGAGAGGAGGAGAACGAGGGCAUUGUCCAGCUGAGAAUAUUAAGAACCCAGGAGGCCAUCAUCCAGAUUAUGAAGAUGAGGAAGAGGAUCAGUAAUGCCCAGCUACAGACAGAGCUGGUAGAGAUCCUUAAGAACAUGUUCCUGCCCCAGAAAAAGAUGAUCAAGGAACAGAUUGAGUGGCUCAUCGAACACAAAUACAUCAAACGGGACGAGACUGACAUCAACACCUUUAUCUACAUGGCAUAGAACCCACUUACCUGGACUGGAACCACCUACCUACCUACUGCUUGACCUGGCUGGAUCCUCACUGCUGCAGGAGGAAGAGGAAACACAGGAAGAGGAGGGAGGGAGUAGUGGUUGUUUCAGAAGAGGAAGUCUCUCUGUGGGCGGAGGGGGGAGGGGAGGGGCAGGCCAGUUAGUUGUAUGAGAUAGAUGGUGUAGUCUUCAGACUGUGGCGCCACCCGGGGGCCAGGAGGAGGAGGACAGUGGGGCUGACUGACAGUCUCAGUAUCACAGUAGAGACAUUAUUAAAUAAACAAACUCUCCCUGCCUUACCCUCCUUACGCAGUCCGCGCAGAGACAGACAGACAGACAGGAGGACUAAUGGACUAGUAGUCUAUAUCAUUAUGGAGUGGACAUUGAGAGGAGUGUAUUUUGCCAAAUGUACUGUGUGUGUGUGUCUGCACCUUGACAGCUUGCUGCUCCUUAGAAGUCUUGCAAUCAUCUGAGGUCCCGUCACACGUGUGUGUGUCACUUUUCCCUCCAGCUCCACCCCCCCCACCCCCCAACUGCCACAUCCCUCAGAGGUCAUGGCUCCUUACGUAUCAGCCAGUCCCAGGGUGAGAACAAACGAGACCAUCACUUUUCUGUUUCUUACCUUGUAGGUCAGUGUGUCUGAGUGGUUUUAUAUAUCACUUUCAUUCUCCUUCUCAAUGCUCAUCUUUAUUUUUGUGAACACUUGUGUGUUGUUGUUGUGUGUAUCGUUUGUAAAUGCUGCACAGCGUCGUCCGAUCGAUUGAAGUCACAAAGCUCUCUAGCGAUCUUUGAUUCUCCUGUACCUCUACUCUUCUUUCUCCCCCAUCCAUAGCCAGUGCAUGAUAUGACAGGUGUAUUGUUGUCAGACCAUGAGUGGGUGUCAUGACUGUUCAUGACUGUUUCUUCCCAAAUGCCACCAUAUUCCCUAGGUACUGUAUUAGGGUGGCAGGUAGCCUAGUGGUUAGCAAGCUGGGCCAGUAACCAAAAGGUUGCCGGAUCAAAUCCCCGAGCUGACAAGGUAAAAAUCUGUCGUUCUGCCCCUGAACAAGGCAGUUAACCCACUGUUCCUAGGCUGUCAUUGUAAAUAAGAAUUUGUUCUUAACUGACUUGCCCACAUUUAGAAAAUAUAAAUACUUUUGGGGGCAAAAAGUAGUUUUAAAUUCCCUAUAAAGGGAAAAGUCAUUUGUUUCCUAUAUAGGAAAAAGUAGUUUAUAUUCUCCUUUUAUAUAUAGAAUAGUAGAAUCCCUCCAGUGCAAUAUCUAGAGAGCCCCAACUGCUGGAGCACUUCCUGUGGUGAGAGGUCAUGUUGCUAAAGCAAUGGCAUUGCAGUGUUGCUAUUAAUGUACCCUACCCACCACCUUUUACAGAAGAUUGUGUGUUGCAGUAUAUGAGUGGGGUGAGGAUGGAAGAACUAGAAAAGUGUUGGGGCUGUGUGUUGUUGACUUGUUUAUUUAUUUAAUUUGUAUCAAUGUGGUUUGUUUGUAUGAGAUUGUAUGCGAGUGUUUGAUAAAUAGGUCCGGUCUGUAGCGGGAUACUAGGUGUACAUAGCCACUUAUUAAUGUUACAUGAUGAAAUGUAUGAGAUGACUUAAUAACACUAUCCCUCUUUGACUCUUUUUUUGUUUGAGUUUUGCUAUUGGCAUUGGGAUAAUGUUAUAGUGUGGGAAAUUAAAGUGUGCCCCCUAUUCCCUAUAUAGUGCACUAGUUUUGACCAGGAUCCAUAGCCCUCUACUGAAAAGUUGUGCACUAUGUAGGGAAUAUGGUGCUAUUUGGGAUGCAGGCUAGGUAGCAAUUUCCUCUUUUCUCUCACUGAAUUGAAUGCAACCACAUUGGAAUCAAUUUAGACACCUCAAGACAAAGUGAUUGUCAGACGAGGGAAACAUUACUUGGGAUUUAGCAGUUAUGAAUUGUUUGGGCAUGAUGCCAUGGCUUUACUUUAUCUUACCAUGUUUCAUUCAUACACACUACAUAUCUACCCAGUACUGUAUAGUCCACUGUUCUACAGUGGAGGACACCUAUGAGAAACACACUUACACACAUACUGAUUAUUGCCAAAAUAGUUCAUUGUUUAUUCUAUCAGGUGAUGUAAUGUGUGGAUAACUCUUCUACUACCUGUAAACUGUUGGCAAUAAGAGGCUCUCCACAUGAGCUAGUUACAUUUCUCAACAGACUGACUAGUUCAACUUUUGAACAGUUACUCUGAAGGAUAUCAGCGCUUUGUGAAUAAAAAGUGUGUGUUAAUAUCAUCAUUGACAGUUUAUGCAGUUAUAUCGUCCACUGAAUGACAUUGUGUCCAGCAGGUAGACUGGUUUUAGUACCAUUGUUGUUUUUCAUGUCUUCCUUCCCUGGUAUCUGACGUUAAUGGUGAUGCAUCACUGCUGUAGUUGUUGCAUCAAAACAACCUGGAGAAGAAGAGUGUCUCAAAUGCUACCCUAUUUCCUAUUUAGUGUACUACUGUUUGACCAGGGCCAAUAUGGCUCUGGUCAAAAGUACUGCACUAUAUAAGGUGUCAUUUGGAACGUUAGCAAAGUGUUAUUACAUUUUAGUAAUUUAGCAGACACUCUUAUCCAGAGUGACUUACAAUUAGUGCAUUCUUCUUAAGAUAUGUUAUCAGAGUAAUGUAAUGUACUUAAUGUAACUCAUUCUGAUACACUUAGCGCUUCUCUGGAUUUUAGCCAUGUUCAACAAUGUUUUAAGAUUACCAUUUUUGCCACUUUAUGAGUAACAACAAAUGAACAGUAUUAAACUAGGACAUAAACUCAACUUUUGUUGUAAUAAUUCAUGUUUUUCUCUCUGCACAGAAAUGUCAGGUAGAGCAGGUCUUAUUGUGUCAAGAGACUAGACUGACAUCUUGCUUCAGUUUUAAGCGUGGUUGUGAUGAUGGUAGAUGCAUGUCUUAUGAUUACCCAUCUAUCUCUUCCUCUCCUUCCCUACUUGCAUAUCUGGAGCCUUGAGUAAAAACUAGGUUUUAUUGAUCAUAACAUUACCAGGUGAAUGUGUGUCCCUACUUUGAGAAAAAAAAUAUAUAAUGCUGUAUAUUGUUUGAAUGGGAGUAUUCUGGCUUUUGGGCUCAACUUCUUUGAUGUGCUGCAUUAUUAUUUUUGUUUUGUUCAUGACUCUUAAAAAUAUAAUUUAUUUCCUGGCUAAUAAAAACUGUACUGUAAAGAGA